AUGUUUCGCCUUCGGUUUCUUCCCGUUGCGGCAGGGCUGUCUGCUGUUUCGCGGCGUUACCAUGGGACAGCACAUCACCCCAGGACCAGACGUAGGCUAAUGGUGGCGGCUUUCAUAGGGGCGACUGCAACGACGGCAAGUGCCAGAUUUCUUUGGCAGAGGGCUUACGCAGAAGACUCGUCCUCUGUAAAACACGAUCCGAGGACAGAGCCAAGCGAGAAAGUGAAGCACGAGGAGGAGGAGGAGAGCAGCGGCAGUGAGGAUAGAAAGGCUGUUGCAUCGGGUGAUGAGGAAGCUCAGCCAGAAGGGAAGAAGAAGAAGCGUUCUGGCUUCAGGGACCGUAAGGUGAUGGAAUAUGAGAACAGGAUCAGAGCUUACUCCACGCCAGACAAAAUCUUCAGAUACUUCGCCACUUUAAAAGUCAUAAAUGAGCACGGUGAAUCAGAGGUUUUUAUGACACCGCAGGAUUUCGUGAGAUCAAUAACACCUAAUGAAAAACAACCGGAAA